GCUUUAUCCCACGUCUGGCCCGACCGCGAAGGCAUCCAGAUCCUGCCCCGUCCUCUCCCACGCUCACCACGCCCCCGUCCCGUACAGCUCCCUCGCCGCACCCGCCCGCCGCAGUCCCUUGGGCACUCCCGCACCGCUCGCGAAGCAUCACCGCUCCUCGAACCCCUCUGCUCACCCGGCCGCCUGCCCACCGCAACUAUGGCGAACGACGAGUACGAUUUCCUAUUCAAAGUUGUGCUCAUUGGAGACUCCGGAGUUGGUAAAUCCAACCUCCUGAGCCGUUUCACCCGCAACGAGUUCAACCUCGACUCCAAGUCCACCAUCGGCGUUGAGUUCGCCACGCGCUCAAUCCAGGUCGAUGCCAAAACCAUCAAGGCCCAGAUCUGGGACACCGCUGGCCAGGAGCGCUACCGGGCCAUCACCUCUGCGUACUACCGAGGCGCUGUGGGCGCUCUCCUCGUCUACGACAUCAGCAAGCACCAGACCUACGAGAACGUCACCCGAUGGCUGAAGGAGCUUCGCGACCAUGCCGACUCGAAUAUUGUCAUCAUGUUGGUGGGGAACAAGAGCGAUCUGCGGCACCUCAGGGCUGUCCCAACGGAGGAGGCGAAGCAGUUUGCGAGCGAGAACAACCUCUCUUUUAUCGAGACGUCUGCCUUGGACGCCAGCAACGUCGAGCUUGCUUUCCAGAACAUCCUCACUGAAAUAUACCGAAUUGUCUCCAGCAAAGUCCUAGACCAAGGCGAGGGUGGACAGAACGUUCUCGGCGGCGACCGCAAGGUCCUCGAAAUCAGCAAGUCACCAGAUAGCGAGUCGAAGCAAGGCAAAUGCUGCUAGAGUGCCGUCGCCUCCUACACGACGCUCCAGCAUCUUGCCCACCACCAAGUCGAUCCCCCUUUCAUACGAAAUGACUGUACUCUGCUUAACGGAAAUGGUAUAACAAGUGUGGCAUAACUACCUUUCUCGUUCUCAACACCCGCCCCAUCUUCUCUACCACGUACUUCACUUCUCAAUGCAAUGUGUCAUUCAUGCGAAGGUUGGCGUCUGAGAGAAACUCCUGGCCAUCAUUGUUUUU